AUGGCGAAUAAUCCUCAGUCCUCAGCUGCUCAGUAUCGACCAAUGGUACCAGCACAGCAAGGACAGCACUUCAUAUCACCAGGUUCCCAACAAUUUCAGCCUGUGGGACAAGGUCAGCCAUUGCAAUAUUCUCAACAAAUGCAGCCGUAUCCUCUUAGGCCAAAUCAGCCUGGUCAUGCUCAACCUUCAUCACAGGCAUUACCUAUGCCAUACUAUCAGCCGAGGCCAGUUACAUCUGUCCCACCACACUCUCAGCAACCUGCUCCACCUUUCAAUAAUCAGAUGCCUGGAAUGCCCUAUCCUUCAUCAUAUAUGUAUGCACAGCCUUCUUAUGCCCAGCCACAGAAUAAUGCCAAUUCUUCAUCACAGUUUCAGCCAAUGUCUCAAGAUCAAGCACAUGGUGUACCUACUGCUGGACAACCUUGGAUGUCCUCCAGUAGUCAUCAGGGGGCAGCAGUUACACCACAACAGCAGCCCAGCCAGCAACCUACAAGCACUCCUUUCCCAGAUCCUGCAGUAAAUGCUCCUAAUCUGGCACAGCCAUCCUCUUCUGAUUGGCAAGAGCAUAUGGCGUCUGAUGGGAGAAGAUAUUACUUCAAUAGAAGUACUAGACAAUCUAGUUGGGAGAAACCUUUAGAAUUGAUGACUCCACUGGAGAGAGCCGAUGCAUCAACUGUUUGGAAAGAGUACACUUCUGCAGAUGGGAAAAAGUAUUACUACAACAAGGUUACAAGGGAGUCUAAAUGGACAAUUCCAGAGGAGUUAAAGCUGGCUCGUGAGCAAGCUCAAAGAGAACAUACUCAGGGUACACAAUCAGAGAUGACUUCAACUUCUCAUGCCCCUCCUGCUACUGCUUCAGCUGAAAUACAUGCUGGAGCUAGUUCAGUUGGGCCCAGCACUUCUUCAGCCCAACCUGGGACAGUCUCGAGUCCAGUUGCAGUGACACCCAUCUCUGCCUUCUCUAAUCCUUCUCCUACUACGCCUUCGGGAUUAUCGGUUGCUCCUGGUGUACAAUCUUCCAUGGCAACGGGGUCUGUUGGAGUUCAACCUGCAGUGGUAAAUGUCUCCCCACUUCCUGCUUCUAAUGUGGGGAGUACCGGUCUUCCCUCUACUUUGGUCAACACCAUUACAAAAUCAGUUAAUGAAAAUCAGGCACCUCAAGAUAGUGCAAGUUCAAUUGAUGGAGCUUCUAGUCAAGAUAUUGAGGAAGCGAAGAAGGGAAUGGCAGUUGCUGGGAAAGUCAAUGUGACUCCUUCAGAGGAGAAAGCAAUUGAUGAUGAGCCAUUGGUGUAUGCCAGUAAGCAGGAGGCAAAAAAUGCAUUCAAAUCACUCCUGGAAUCUGCAAAUGUACACUCUGAUUGGACCUGGGAGCAGGCAAUGAGAGAGAUCAUUAAUGACAAAAGAUAUGGCGCUUUAAGAACACUAGGUGAGCGGAAGCAAGCAUUUAAUGAGUACUUGGGCCAAAGGAAAAAGCUGGAGAAUGAAGAGAGGCGCAUAAGGCAGAAAAGGGCUCGGGAAGAAUUUACAAAAAUGCUGGAAGAGUCCAAGGAACUGACAUCAACAAUUAGAUGGAGCAAAGCUGUAACUAUGUUUGAAAAUGAUGAACGAUUCAAGGCUGUUGAACGAGCUAGAGAUCGGGAAGAUCUCUAUGAGAGCUACAUUGUAGAACUUGAGAGGAAGGAGAAAGAGAUUGCUGCUGAAGAGCAUAGGAGGAAUAUAUCCGAGUACAAGGAAUUUCUGGAGUCUUGCGACUUUAUUAAGUGGCGUAAAGUUCAAGAUCGCUUAGAGGACGAUGAGAGAUGCUUGCGUCUUGAUAAGUUUGACCGCUUGCUUAUUUUCCAGGACCAUAUUCGUGACCUUGAAAAGGAGGAAGAGGAGCAAAAGAAGAUACAAAAGGAACAAUUGAGGCGGAUUGAGAGGAAAAACCGGGAUGAGUUUCGCAAGAUUUUGGAAGAACAUGCUGCUGACGGUACUCUUACGGCUAAAACUCAGUGGCGCGAUUACUGUAUGAAGGUCAAAGACUUGCCACAGUACGAAGCUGUUGCAGCAAACACACAUGGUUCUUCAACACCAAAAGAUUUGUUUGAGGAUGUUGCUGAAGAUUUAGAGAAACAGUUUGUGGAAGAUAAAGCACGGGUAAAGGAUGCAAUGAAGCAAGGGCAGAUUACAAUGGUUUCGUCAUGGACAUUUGAAGAAUUUAAGGCUGCUGUUGUGAAUGAUAUUGGUUUCCCAUCAAUUUCCGAGCUUAAUUUGAAGCUUGCUUACGAGGAUAUAUUAGAGAGAGCCAGGGAGAAGGAGGAGAAAGAAGCAAAGAAGCGGCUACGAAUUGCUGAUGACUUCCAUAAGCUUUUGCACACGUUCAAGGAAAUAACUGUUUCUUCUAGCUGGGAAGAUUGCAAACAACUUUUUGAAGAGACCCAAGAAUACAGAUCAGUUGGGGAUGAGGACUUUGGAAGGGAAAUUUUUGAGGAAUAUAUUACAAGUUUACACGAGAGGGCCAAAGAAAAAGAACGGAAGCGUGAGGAGGAAAAGGCAAAAAAGGAGAAGGAAAGAGAGGAGAAAGAGAAGCGGAAGGAUAAGGAGAGAAAGGAGAAGGAUAGAGAACGUGAAAAAGAGAAGGGAAAGGAAAGAUCUAAGAAGGAUGAAACAGAUAGUGAAACUGUUGACAUGACUGAUAGUCAUGAUCACAAAGAAGAUAAGAAAAGGGAGAAAGACAAAGAUAGGAAGCACCGGAAGCGGCAUCAAAGUUCCAUUGAUGACGUGGGUUCUGAUAAGGAAGAGAAAGAGGACUCUAAGAAACACAGACAUAGUAGUGACCGCAAAAAAUCAAGAAAACGUGCAUAUACACCUGAAUCUGACAGUGAAAAUCGACAUAGAAGACAUAAGAAAGAACAUCGAGACGGUUCUCGUAGAAAUGGUGGAUACGAGGAGCUUGAAGACGGAGAGGUCGGUGAAGAUGGGGAAAUUCAGUAGACCUGCUGUUCUAUCUUUAUAAGUGCGUUUUUGUGGCUGUGAGAUCUACGCAUUUCAUGGAUUAGGUGUUGCAGAUCAAACCAAUUUUUGUUAACGUAGUUCUCAUGGUUAUACAUGCGGGAGAGGAUUAUUUCAAUGUACUUAAAAAGAAUGGAUAUCUAGGACUUUGGGGUUUAUACCCACUUCUAGAAGUGUAAAAGAUCAGAUACCUGCAACUUUCACUGCGGUCGAUUUUAGUUGAAGUGCAAGUAUUUGCCCCGGUUCAUUUGUACC